AUGCGGGUACCUAAAUUCCUACGCAGUUUGUAUGACAUUCUCCACUACGAGGACCAGUCCAUCUUAACGUGGUCCAAGGACGGCACCUACUUCCAGAUCUUCGAUACCAAGCGACUCGAGAUCGUUGUGCUGCCCAAGUACUUCAAGCACGGUAAAUUCGCCAGUUUCCAGCGCCAACUGAACAACUUUGGCUUCCGCAAAUGGACCAAGACACAGUCCAGCGUCUGUACGUUCAGCCACCACCAUCUCGUUCGUUGCCACCCGCAACAGCUGGCUGAGUUCAUCAGUCGACGCCCUCCUUCCAACGGCAUGCGCUCAGAUGUUGACGCCUCGUCGGCUAAGCGUAAGAGGACAUUCACGGAAUUGAUGCGAUCCGGAGAUACUGGGACUUCCGCUGCCGCGAAGAUGAUCAAGCGGGAAAACGACAGUUUCAACAGGACGGAAGGCCACGAGCUGGCCAUCGCGACGAACUCCCCUCUAGCCAAAGGUGUGCCACGAUGGGUGGCAGACCCUGUGGGUUUUUUGAAGGCCAGUGAAGAGAAGAAUGCGACGCCCACGAGCACGUCGUCAGAGCAGGCGUUCAAUUUCUCGAUGGAGGAGCUGCAUAACAUCAUUUUACCUGUGGCGUCCACAUCGGAGCGCCAAGACAGCAGGUCGAUGGAGAAAAUGCUCGAGUUGCGCAUGUUGAACGAGUGUUUGGAUCUCGGAACGGCUAGUUCAUUAAGCACCACUUUGAACCCCGCGGGUGGCGAGCUCUUCCCGUCGUUUCCCUUUUCUUGGGAUAGCGACACAUUUUUCGCUCCAGUUGGCCGUGCCCACGUCGAGCAGGAGCGCGGUUUGUGGAGAUUACAUUAA